AUGGAGAAACGUGAACCCUCUCUAGUCCCUGAAUGGCUGAGAAGUUCAGGGAACGGCUCUGGUGUUGGAUGUUCAAAUAAUCACCUUGUCUCAUCUUCUUCUUCUCGUUCAGAUUCUUCUUCUCUGUCACAUAAUAGCAAGAACAGGGAUCUGAGGAGCAGAAGUGAUGGUUAUGCAGUCCGGUCUCAUUCCCUUGAUCGGUCUUAUUCCACCAAUGCAGGGAGGGGUUUUAGCAACGGAUCUACAAAGCAAACAUAUACUAAUUUCAACGUCACAAGGGCCAACCGGUACAGGGCGAGCUACAUGGAUCAAUGGGAUGAUGACACUUGUCCUCCUUUCGGAAACUUGUCGAUUGGUAGGGAUCAGGAGCAGCAACUGAGAAGAUCACAAUCUAUGACAAGUAGGAAUCAAGGGCCUACAAUAGGGUUCAGAAAUGGUAGAAACAUUAAUUCUUACAAGGGUACUGGAUUCACCUGGGUUAAAAAGUCUGGAUUCGAAAAGGAUUCUCCUAGUUGGACAUCGGCUCUGGCUGAGAAUCCCAAUGUUACUGAGAAGAAGACAGGUGUUGAGUCCAUGGCUGAAGCAUUGGUGAAGGCUCCAUCAAGAACUUUUACACCAUCUCAGGACCGAGUUAUUCAGCAAUCUAGGCAGUUGAUACCGAUUGUUCCUUCAGCACCAAGGAGCACAGCUGAUAAAUCAAAGGCCAGACCUGUUGGUUAUACUCACCAGUCCUCUGCUAGCCAGGUGAAGCCUGAUGCUAGCAAGAAGCUGGUGAUCCUGAAACCUUCUGCGAGCCAGGUGAACGGUGCUCCAUCUACAAACGGUCCAAGGGAACUCAUGGUUGCUGGGAACAAACUUAUGCCGGCACAGACUCAGAGCAGGAAUGCAUUUUACCGUGCUUUGAAGGAGAAGACAUCUACUACAGACAUCUCAACUGAUCCAUUUGAAGCUAGCUCUAGCAUCUUCUCUCCCCUUGAGGAAAAGGCAUACGGCAUUAAGGAAGAUACUGACCCUUCCAGCAUACAAACUGGGGUCGAGAAAGCGUCUGAAGUUGUAGAGAUGAGUAAUGGUUUCGAAUUGACAGACCGUCCAGAUGAAAAAGAAGCCGAGUUCCUUAGAUCCCUUGGAUGGGAGGAAAACAAUAGCGAGGAGGAGGAAGCCCUCACACAGGAGGAGAUCAACGCCUUCAAAGAAAAGUACAUGAAGUCGGAACCAUCAUUGGUCCUGAAGCUGCCUAUCAUUCAAGAGGCAAGAGGGGAUGUUAUUCCCAACUCGUGA